AUGCAAUCAUCAACAGCAAAUCACUAUUUCACAAAAGAUUUGAACGAUAAUCUUUUCUAUGAAGAUAAUGAUAAUCAACAAUCGCAAUUGAUUUUCAAUGAACAUGAAGACGAAGGAGAAAACUAUCCGCGCGGAAAUGUUAAUGGAACAAAGAAUGGGUUGACUGGAUUGGAAAUCAAAGGUCGAGUACGAACAUUAAGUCCAGUUUUAUUCUGUCAAACAAAUACACAAUAUUUGAUUAUGAGUAAUAAUGAAUUGAAGUAUUUACCUCCAGAAAUUGGCAAUUUAAUCAAUCUUGUGUACCUGGAUUUGUCCUACAAUCGAUUGAAAACAUUACCAUCUCAAAUUGGAGAUUUACUUCAUCUGAAAAGGCUUUAUCUUGAGUCAAAUUGCUUGAAAAAUCUGCCGUAUGAAUUGAGCAAGCUGGACCUUGACGAACUCGGUUUAAGUAACAAUCCGUUAGGCGAUCAGAUUUUAAGUUUAUUUGCUCGACCAAAUGGAACACGUGAAGUAAUGAAUUAUUUAUACGAAAAAUGGACUUCAAUGUGCUCAUAUUCCAAAUCAACUCCAUAUAAAAUGCCGCUAACAUGGGAUAAUGCAGAAGAUGAUAGAAACAAUGAUAUGAUUUAA